GUCAACACAGAAGAAAUCCUCCCUGGUGCAGCAUAUUUCUCUUCUGGUGGAAAUCUGCAUCUUAUCUGUGGCAUACAAAAAUAUGAAUACUUGAAUGUGAAGAGAAAUGUUAACCAGUACAUUCAUGCCACAGCUCACUUCACUUGCCUGUCUUUUGACAAGAGGCCACAUUUGCAGAUGGAACAAAAACACCUUUGCUUUUUUUUUUUUGUCAUAACAGGUUGAGCAUGAAAGAUGAACAAUCAGGAGUAAAUUAGUAUAAGGGAUUAAAAGGGUUGAACGUUUGAGCAGCUCUCUCUUCAGACUGGAUGUAGCAGUCCCUCAUAUCGGGGCUCUCCGUUUACAUUAUUCAUACGGAGGAGGGUGUGACUUGUUGGCUCUUUAUAAAACGAGAACUUCGCGUAAAAGAAAAUACAGAUGGAGAAGGCUAGCCGGCUCGCUGUGUCACAGAGAGUCCCCUUAAGCCUACGUGACAACUCACAUACUGUCCCUUUGUGACCAGCUUAAUCGGCAGAAUGCCCGGUCUCUGCGUGCUUUGUCUCAUCGCUGCGCUGGCUGCGUUCACCCGGCUCGCCGGCACCGUUGGGCCGGUGGUCCGAUGCGAGCCGUGCGACGCUGGGGCGCUCCUGCAGUGUAAGCCCCUGCCGAAGGACUGCGCGGAGCGAGUGAGGGAGCCCGGCUGCGGCUGUUGCAUGACGUGCGCCCUCGGUGAGGGACUGGCUUGUGGAGUGUACACGGCGCGCUGUGGCUCCGGCUUGACCUGCCAGCACCGGCCGGGGGAAAGCCGACCCCUGCAAGCUCUGCUGGAGGGUCGGGGAGUGUGCUCCAGCGCCGCGGCCAAAAAGCUCAACAGCAUUCUCAUACCGGCGCAAAAACAAGAGAACGCUGGAAAUCUUAUAGAAGACUGUGCCAACGUUACCGCGACGAUGACAGUGUUGCCUGGACUGGCGACCGUGAAGGCUGGACACAGUCGGGGGUCGAUGGACACCAGACCUCCGCUGCACAACAAGUUGAUCCAGAAAGAUCAGAACAGGAAGACUCAGGGCUACAAGGUGGAAUCGGUGUCAGGAGGAGCCAAUAUGGACAUACACAACUUCUCCCUGGAGAACAAGAGGGAGACCGAGUAUGGGCCGUGUCGGCGGGAGAUGGAGAGCAUCCUGAGCAGUCUUAAAAUCAGCAACGUGCUCAACCCGAGAGGCUUCCGCAUACCCAACUGUGACAGAAAGGGCUUCUACAAGAAAAAACAGUGCCGUCCAUCCAAAGGCAGGAGGCGGGGCAUCUGCUGGUGCGUGGACAAAUACGGGCAGUCUCUGCCCGGCUACGACGGCAAGGAGCAGACGGAGAAGAAGUGCUUCAGCCUGGAGAACAAAUAAGAGGACGGAGGGACGCAAGUGGACGGAGAGAGGAAGACAGAG